AUGGAAGAUGGAGACACAGGAGGAGACCGCUGCUAUGAAUCAUGGGAGAGACAAUAUGGCUACCAGGGCUCCAAUAGUGCAGGUGGUGAGAAGUGGUCUGAACACAUUUCAAAAGGAGAAUCAAGCUUUUCGCUGAUAAAUGGACGAUAUGAAAGAGAAAAGUCCAGAAUGAUUCCAAGCACCCAGGAACUCAUUCUUGGGUCUGACAAUGAAGCGUUGUUCUAUGACUAUGAAAAAGAUGAGUAUCAGAACGUCAUCACGGAGCACCAAGCCGAGCUCCCUGCACUAUACGGCAGGUUCCCGCUAGCCAUCGAUUUUAUAUAUGAGUGCACGCAGAGCCAUCCCUUAAACAACCCUAGCAUUCGAAGAUCUUUCAUGGUUAAGGGGUGGAUGGGAGUUGGCGUAAUCAAUAAAGCAGGUGUAGAUGUUUUUCUGGAAAUCUUUUGCUUUUUCACUGAUCCAACGGAUGUUGGCAAUUUGAUAUCUGGUUCCUUUGCCUUUUUAAAAUCCGUCUUGGGGGAGUGUCGGCGGUUAUCGGCGAGCGGAGGCCGGGAUCCCGGAGGGGCGCGAGGAGCAGCCGAGGUGUGCGGAAUCUUUGCGUACAUGAAUUACAGAGUCCCCCGGACAAGGAAGGAGAUUUUUGAAACCCUCAUCAAGGGCCUGCAGCGGCUUGAAUACAGAGGCUAUGACUCAGCAGGUGUGGCAAUUGAUGGAAAUAAUAAUGAAGUCAAAGAAAGGCAUAUGCAGCUAGUCAAGAAAAGAGGAAAUGUCAAAGCUCUUGAUGAAGAACUUUACAAACAAGACAGCAUGGACUUAAAAGUGGAGUUUGAGACCCACUUUGGCAUUGCCCACACACGGUGGGCCACUCGCGGGGUCCCCAGUGCUGUCAACAGCCACCCGCAGCUCAAAGGCAACGAAUUCAUUGUCAUCCAUAAUGGGAUCAUCACAAAUUACAAAGACCUGAGGAAAUUGGAAAGCAAAGGCUAUGAGUUUGAGUCAGAAACAGAUACAGAAACCAUUGCCAAGCUGAUUAAAUAUGUGUUUGACAACAGAGAAACUGAGGACAUUACAUUUUCAACACUGGUGGAGAGAGUCAUUCAGCAGCUGGAAGGCGCAUUUGCCUUGGUUUUCAAGAGCAUCCACUACCCUGGAGAAGCCGUGGCCACAAGGAGAGGCAGUCCCCUACUCAUCGGAGUAAGGAGCAAAUACAAACUCUCCACAGAACAGAUCCCCGUCUUAUAUAGGACACGCAAUAUUGAGAAUGUGAAGAAUAUCUGUAAAACAAGGAUGAAGAGGCUGGACAGCUUGACCUGCCUUCACGCUGUGGGCGAUAAUGCAGUGGAAUUCUUUUUUGCUUCUGAUGCAAGUGCUAUCAUAGAGCACACCAACCGGGUCAUCUUCCUUGAGGAUGAUGACAUUGCUGCAGUGGCUGAUGGGAACUCUAUUCACCGGGUCAAGCGUUUGGCUAGUGAUGACCCAUCUCGAGCCAUCCAGACCUUGCAGAUGGAAUUGCAGCAAAUCAUGAAAGGUAACUUCAGUGCAUUUAUGCAAAAGGAGUUAUUUGAACAGCCAGAAUCCGUUUUCAAUACCAUGAGAGGUCGAGUGAAUUUUGAGACCAACACAGUGCUCCUGGGUGGCCUGAAAGACCACUUGAAGGAGAUCAGACAAUGCCGACGGCUCAUUGUGAUUGGCUGUGGGACCAGCUACCACGCCGCUGUGGCCACGCGGCAAGUUUUGGAGGAACUGACCGAGCUCCCCGUGAUGGUUGAAGUUGCUAGUGAUUUUCUGGACAGGAACACACCUGUGUUCAGGGAUGACGUUUGCUUUUACAUAAGCCAGUCAGGGGAGACUGCAGACACCCUCCUGGCACUGCGUUACUGCAAGGACCGCCGAGCUCUGACCGUGGGCGUCACCAACACCGUGGGCAGCUCCAUCUCCCACAAGACGGACUGCGGCGUCCACAUCAACGCAGGGCCGGAGAUCGGUGUGGCCAGCACCAAGGCUUAGACCAGUCAGUUCAUCUCCUUGGUGAUGUUUGGUUUGAUGAUGUCUGAAGACCGCAUUUCACUGCAAAACAGAAGGCGAGAGAUCAUCCAUGGCCUGAAAUCUCUACCCGAGCUGAUCAAGGAGGUGCUGUCUCUGGAUGAGAAGAUCCACAACCUGGCCCUGGAGCUCUACACACAAAGGUCGCUUCUGGUCAUGGGGCGAGGCUACAACUAUACCACAUGCCUGGAAGGAGCCCUGAAAAUUAAAGAGAUAACCUACAUGCACUCAGAAGGCAUCCUGGCUGGAGAGUUGAAGCACGGCCCCCUGGCACUGAUUGACAAGCAGAUGCCUGUCAUCAUGGUCAUCAUGAAGGAUCCUUGCUUUGCCAAAUGCCAGAAUGCCCUGCAGCAGGUCACAGCCCGCCAGGGUCGCCCAAUAAUACUGUGCUCCAAGGACGACACUGAAAGCUUCAAGUUUGCAUAUAAAAGGAUCGAGCUGCCCCACACUGUAGACUGCCUGCAGGGCAUCCUAAGUGUGAUUCCACUGCAGCUCCUCUCCUUCCACCUGGCUGUACUCCGAGGAUAUCACGCUGACUUCCCCAGAAAUCUGGCCAAGUCUGUAACCGUGGAAUGAGAACCGAGAGGAAACCACUACCACCUUCAAGACCUGUCCCAGUGAAACCAAGUGGGAAGAAAAGCUGGCAUUCAGCGUGUUCUCAGUAGAUCCCAAUAGAGCUUGACAGCUUUGAUGUGCCUUGUACCCAAGUGCUUUGCUUACAGCAGAUAGUGUUUUCUCUGUGUCCUGAAGUCGCCAGAGGAGAAGGGAAUCAUUGUUUACACAUGGGGAUCUGAGCAGACUCUUCCAAUACCGUGCAAUAGAGAUACAGCUCUCUUCAGAGUAACUGUGAACCUUUUUUAACCAACACUAAAGACAAAAUAUUUAUAAUGACAGUUGUAUAGCUUUUAAGUUAUUUUUCUAGUAUGUGGCUUUCUGUAGCCAACGGUGCCCUCAGGCUACCUAGUGCACCCAGUCCCCUGGCAGGGAAUGUACAUCUCAGAUUUGAGUGCCAGGCAUUGCCCCUCUGGACUCUUUUCUCCUUUCCCAUCCUCUCUUGGCUGCUACUGAGUCCUGUCCUCUGACCUCGGGGAAGCCCCCUCCCCCCAUCUUCCUAUGCCUCCAUAGGUCCUAUCAGAUCUCAGCUCCUUUCAACAGUAUCUUCUCAUCUUAAUCUCUCUGACUCUCCAACUUCUCUUUCAUCUCAUCAUGGUUCUUUUUAAGCCCCGGCAGCAUUUUGGUCCCUGCUCCUGCCCAGAGUAAAAACAGCCUGAAAAAUCCCAUGCAAGAGAAUAGUUUCAAGUGGGCUACCCUGCCCUCUGUUUAAAAGCAUGCACAAUCAAAGUACUAUGCAAUUUUAAGACAAUAAAUAACAGUAAAAUUGAAAAAAAA